CCGGAUGUAUGACGUCAUUGAAAAAGCUGUCGCCAUCAUUGAUCCUGAGUGCCCUUUAAAGCCUUAAUUUUAAUCAACCUCGGGCUCGGGAACAUCUAUUCUAGGGCAGUUUGUCCUAUGUACUGAAUAUGUACCUGUCACAGCCAGGAGCUGCGGGAGGCCAGCCGGGGGCCGACCAGGAGGGGGCACCCAGGCCCCCCAACCCCCAGCACCAAGCUGCCUCCAAGCGGAUACAGCAAACACAGGCACAGGUCGAUGAGGUUGUGGAUAUCAUGCGCACAAACGUGGAGAAAGUGCUGGAGAGAGAUCAGAAGCUGUCGGAACUGGAUGAUCGCGCAGAUGCCUUGCAGCAAGGUGCUUCACAGUUUGAGCAGCAAGCUGGAAAGCUGAAGAGGAAGUUUUGGUGGAAAAACUGCAAGAUGUGGGCCAUCUUAAUUGGUGUCAUUGCAAUCAUAAUUAUUAUCAUUAUUGUUUGGGCAUCGACAGGCUAAGAGGGUGAAAGCGAGCGCACGAGAAGAAUGAAGUCGAGGAAGGAGGAAGAGGCACACCGCACAAAAGCCGAGAGAAAGAAAAAUGUUUCGCCCGAUUAUUUUGUGCCGCACUCCACCACACAAGACUGAGUCAGUCACCAAGUGGGAUUGUCCCAUUCCCUUAGCAUCGCAGCAUCGCCAAAUCGCUCUGGGACAAAACUAUUUUCCCUCAGCGUGACGUGUUGUGGCGCUCAUCGCUCUGUGUUGUAUUGUUCACCAUUGUUAUCUUUCUUGUACUUUCAUGGUGAUGUCAGUUUCUUUUUGUUUUUCCGGCUGGUGUUUUUUUGAUGCUAGCUGUAUUAUGCUCCUUGCAGUUGCUUUAGGUUGAACACUGAUAUGAAAACUCUGCUCAUGGCUAUGUGAAGGAGCUUGAUUUUCCUUGUGCAAAUGCUUCCUGGGUUGAUGUGUGGUAUGCCCUGGAAGACUGACAUUGAGUUCCCCCUAAUGUACUUGAUGUCCUGAACAAAUUGAUAUUUGUGCUUGGCAUUAAAUUGAGUUAUUUUCGCCUUGCACCUCUGUGGUUAUGCAGUAGGUAAUACUGUUUGUAUGAAGCUUUGGGCUGCUUUCCAGGGAAAUCAUGCUCGCGCUCUGCAAUGUAACAUACAAGGUGGCAUGAGCUCCUCUAGAGGGCAUCUUGUAUGACCCACUGAGUUCUGAAGACAUCUUGUAGUUUAUACUUCAAGAAGGAGUGGCCAUGAAUUCAAAGAGUGGCCUCUGCUGCACUGGACCAUAUAAGACAGGCAGUUGUGCAUUCUCAUUAGCCAAUAACCUUUUAUAAGCCAUGGUUGCUUACGAUAUGGCAUUUCAAGGGCAUUCAGAAUAGGUGCUCUGUGAUUGGCAUCUGGACUUGGAAUGGCAGAUGUUCAGGGUUUAAUUGUCAUGACCAGAAACAGUUUCAACAGUCUUGGACCAUGGCAUGCAACUUAGGGGCCUUACUAGAUGAACCCACAAGGUCUUUGGAUGCACAGCAUUUGUGUUACCUUUGUGUUGCUUUUACAGAGAAUGGCAUCCUUCUUGAAUGAGUGUGGCGUCAACACGGCCGCUGCAGUUUGCUGUAUGUGUCCAGAUUAACAUUCGGGGUCUUUGUUUACCAGGCCAGUAAAUUGUGCAGUUCUUGUGGGGGUGUAAACUCAUUUUGGCCCCUCCUCUGCCAAGAUAACAGCAGUCACUCGACAGCUUGAAUGCCGUGUUGUGGACGACAGGUUGAGACUUUUAUGAAAAGGUUCUAUGGAAAGCUCUGUCGUGUCUGUAAGGCAAAGUCCUUUCCAAGUCCAGGUGUUACUUGCAGUUUGCCGAAGCCAUGUCUCUGAUACGUUGAUGCUAGUUGCGGAGUACGGCCUUUUGUUUCAUUGCUACUUGUGGCGAGAACAUAUCUACAAACACAGGCCAUCAUAAGGCCGAGACCAUGUGACCUCUUGAGAGCCUGUGCAGUCACUCGCUAUUACUUAGCUUCACCUCGCAGUGUGAUGUGUGUUGUUGAGCAAAGGGGCACUUUGGGGGCUUGUUUCCUUGUUGCUCGUGUUUAUGUUGUCGCUUUUCCUUUUUUUUUUUUUUUCGUCGACGUUCUUGUUUCUGUUGCAGUUUAUGCAUCCACCUCAACCUCGUCGACAAAGACCAAGUGAAUGUCCCUCCUCUCGCCCUGGGUCUUGAGGCUUCAGUGCACUAUUUUUUUUAUACCCAACUUCGCCAGUGCGAGAGCAGUGUGCAGCUGAUACUUUUUUUCUUUCAUUUCUUUUUCUUUUUUUUUUUUUCCUUUUGAGCUGUCAGUUUGCUGUCAGCAGUUGAAGGAAUCGUAGAAGACUCCUUUUCUGACUUUACCUGCUUUCAGCAUUUUUUUUUUUCAUCUUUCACUGCUUGUCUUGUAAUUAAAAGGGAUGACUGCAGUACUGUUCUUUGUUAAUGCUAUCUAUAUAGGUACCGUCAUUGUAAAUGCGCGAUAUUCAAAUUGAACUCUCGUACUGCUGCUGUUGUUUCAGGGCUUACUGUGAAUUUGGUGUAUAUUAUUGUUGACGCGGGAAUCGAAAUUGAAUUCUCUCUCUCAGCUUGUGAUGAAAUAUGUGCGUAUGUAUGCGUGCCGUGUGUGCAUGUGCAUGCAGUUGUGUGUGUGCGUGAGCCACUGGAUGAGUUAGCACUUUUAUUCUUCAGCUAAGUUGUAUUUAUUCAAAAGACUGCCAGCGUUGUAACAUUGUGACCUCUCCUUCCUGCGUAUUGCAUGUACAUAAAUAACUUAGCUACAAGUGUUACUAGGAGAGGAGCAGCAGCGUUCACACCAUCUUAGUGAAGUAUGGCCUCCGAGAGUAACAGCGGACUGUCCAAUCUUGGAGGCCAUCAAGUUCAUCGGGUCCAGCGCAGGCAUACACCCACGCGGCGCACCGAGUGAAAAAUUGGUUGCAAGGCAGCACUGCGUACGCUUAACUGGGUUUUGUGCAGUUGUAUGCAUGAUUGUAGGGGACGCAGCUCUCACUGUAUGGUGUGAACGCGGCUUCAGCAAAAUGUCCCCCCCCCCUCCCCUCCGGGUGCACUGACGAGGCUUAACAUGUGCACGUAGGUCGCUUUGCAGUGAGAGCACCAGUGUACAACCUAAUGCGCUUGUCUAGCGAGUUUGGUAAGAAUUGGAACCUGAUAGUGGAUUGUGCCUGGUAGCGCUGCACGAAAUAUGUGCAGCUUGGACGGGCGCACCACACUGCACUCCUAAAGGUUUGCACCCUUUGGGGCUUGUCUCGUCCCACUACAAUAACCGUCCUAUGCCUUGCUUGAGUUUCCUUUCUUGAAAACUAUGCGCUCGCUACUUUCCUGUCGAGAAUGCAAUGUCAUUCUGAUAAUGCGCAUGCAGUUCGUGGCCUCGAAGUACCGGGCUCGCAGCGUUAAAGUGAGGCAAUGCGGGCAAGACAAAUGACUGUAAUCGUUGAGGGACAAGAUAAGCCCCAAAGGGCGCAAACUUCAAUGCGAGUCGUGGAGUAUCGCUAAGCGCUUAACUUCACGACUACAAGCAGCGCGAAUGACGGACAAAAUUUGCACAAGGUGAGACCUGAUCUGAAUACCUAAAUACUGACCCUCAACUCUAAUUUAUGCGUUAGGUGACAGCGCUGGUGCUCUCGGUUGCGCGCACGUGCUUUUGAACGGCAUUCCAUGUUUGCGAUGUCGCUUCUUUUUUUCCCCCGAUUGUUUUGGUGGCUUGGACAGGUAAAAUUAGCGAGUACGAGCCUUUGUCAGAGAAAGUGAGGUUGUAGGACAAUGUUCGAAGAGAUAAUUAAGACGCACUAGUGGUGUCUGUAGAGUGGUCGGCUUCGCGAGCAUCCAGAGCCGAAACCCGUAAGGCCCAGUUAUCCGUAGUCCGAGGUUUAGCAAAGCAGCCGCCUGUGUUUCCCAGCCACGAACAGCGCUGUGUAUGUGGCAUUUGUGACGCACAGAUUCGCCGAACACUGAUGUUGUUGGCUGGAAGUUUGGUUGCUCCCUUUGGCGUGCUUUCACAGUCGUCGCGCUAGCGCCUGAACUCGCCCUCCCAUUUAGCUAGCACACCUAGCUCGGCGACGCGUGCCCAACGAUUCCGAGUCUUACUUCGACUAUAAAUAAGGUGUGUAAAUGUCUCGCAACAUUGAUCGAUAUCGUGAUCGUGGCCAUUUCAUUUAUUUAACGCCGUGCGCAGGGUGUUUUUGGCGGGUCUCUUGCGGGAAAGAACCGCGCACACACGGCGUCCCAAAAUGAAGCGCCUGAACGAACGCUAAGAUUGUCGUGGGGUAGAAUUACUCCCUAGAAGGUGUAACAUAUUUAAGCAUAUACUCCGCAGUGGUUGUAGAAUUUGCUGGUCGCCAUGGCCCCUGGUAAUAGGUGCACGUACUCGAGAACUGAACUGUGCAUCCUAUUGAUGCGAGAGUAGCUCCCCCCUUCCCCCCCCCCUCUUUUUCUUUUUUUUUUCUUUCUAUAAACUGGCUAAUAAGUUGAAAGUUCGUUGGGGUCAGCCGUGGGUAAUGUGCUGGUCGUUUCUAAACAAGUACAUUUUCGCUAGACGAGGAGCUUAAAAACGUGUUUAGGGGUGCAAUUGUGCUCCCUAAACCAUUCCAGUCCACCUCCCCCCACUUUACUCGAGUCCGCGGGUUAUCCUGACUUUGGUGUGCAUGUGUUUGUAUGCGUCUGUGCAUAUCUAGCUUCUCUCUCUCCGCUUGUCACUUUGGAGUCUUCUCCAGCACGAUUAAAAGAAAAAUGCUGACAGCCGCUGUAUAGCUGCGUAUACUAACUGCAAUUACAAACAAAACUAUUCAUGUAAAUGUGUAUAAACAUAGAGGCAUAUAUGCAGCGUGCGUCUGCGUGCGCGCGCGUGUGUGUAUGAGUGUAUACGCGUAUCUCACUGUCUUUGAGGUCAAAUGAUUUUGAGGGUUUCCUGAAACCGCGCGGUUGGUUGGUGUGGACUUCCUCGUUUUUUCACACACUUGUGAAACAUCGUGUUGUAGCGCUCUGUUAAACGUCCCGUUCUCUUUUUUUUUUUUUUUUUUUUGUGAGCUUUUGUUUUUCUUUUCCUGACGAGUGUGAGAGUUGGUGCGUGGUGUUACAAUGACGUUGAUUAUUUAAGAUAUUGCGAGGAUAGUCUUGGGAGAGAAUAAUAAAAGCACUAGCCUUUGAAUCAUU